AUGCAAGUCAUACAACAUAAAUUUCCAUUGACAUAUUGUCAAAUUAGUUCGAAUUCUUCAAAUGAAAGACAAGAAAUCACAACAACAAUAUCAAAUCGAAUACAUCAACCAUUAAUAUUUUCUAUUGAUGGUCGUUUAUUAGAACAACAUUUAACAAAACUUGAUUUAUCUUCAAAAAAUUUAAAAAAAAUUGAUAUAUUACCAAAUAAUAUUAAUUUUAAUAUUAUUUUAUUUGAUAAUAAUGAAAUAAAUAAACUUGAAAAUUUAGAUUUAUUUCCACAAUUAAUUCAAUUAUCAAUAUCUCAUAAUCGUCUUAUUGAUAUUCAUUUACUUAAUCGAAUACAAUCUUUACAAAAACUUAAUUUAUCAUAUAAUUUAAUUGAAUCAAUUGAUUGUCUUAGAACUUUACAAAAUCUUGUUAUGUUAAAUAUUUCAAAUAAUAAUAUACAUAGUAUUGCAAUAUUAAAUGCUUGUCAUACUUUACAAUCAUUAGAUGUAAGUGAAAAUGCAAUACAAAAUAUUGAAGAUCUUUCACAAUUAACAACACUUAAAUAUUUAAAUUUACAUAAAAAUUUUAUUGAUACAUUAAUUUUAAUUUCACGUAAUUGGCCAAAAUCUCUUCAUACACUUAUUAUAUCAGAUAAUGAAAUUCAAGAUUUAACUGAAAUUUCUUAUCUAUGUUCAUUUUUCAAUUUAAAUACACUUUAUAUUAUUGAUAAUCCAUGUCUAUCUAUAGUAGAUGAAAAAUAUGGUUGUCAUCAACCAUUUGAUUAUCGACCAUAUAUUCUUAAUUGGUGUUUAUCUAUUCAUAAUUUAGAUGGAAUAUUUAUUACACGAAAAGAAAGUUUAAAAGCUGAAUGGUUAUUAAGUCAAGGUAAAGGUCGAUCAUUUGAACCUGGUGAACAUACAGAACUUGUUCAAUAUUUAACAAGAGUUUGUGGAAUAGAUGCAAAUGAAAGAGAUGAUUUACAUUUAUCACGUAUUAUAUUUCAACAAGAUUUAUAUAAUCAACAACGAAAAAGUAGUGAUGAACAAAUGAAUUCAAAUGAAUACAUGAUAGUAACAUCAGAUACAAUGAAAGAUGCUAAUGAAACAUUAUCUAAAAAUACUCAAGAAAAAUCUCAACAAAGUACAUUAAUAUCAGAAUCAGAAUUUUGUAAAUUGAAUGUUUCAUCUACAGUUGAAUCUAUUCAUCAACAACAAAUGCGAACACCAAGUCCAGGAUAUGUUAGAUCAACAAAUGUCACUACAAAUUCUAUUGAUGAUCAAAUAAUUGAAAAUACUUCUAAUAAUCAUUAUAUAAAUUAUGAUAAUCGUCCUAUAAAACCAUUGGAUCAAAAUAUGCUUCAAACAAAACUUAACCAAUAUCCAGUUAAUAAUCAUAUAAAUAAUAAUAUUCAUCAAUCUAAACAAACAUCAUCUCAUUUAAUCUAUAAUGCUAAUCGUUAUUCACCAAAAACAACUAGACUUGAACCAACUACUUCAUCAGUUUUACAUAUAAAAUCAAAUCAAAAUCUUGCUAGACAACAUCACAAUCGAGUAAAACAUCAAACAAACAAUUCAAGUAAUACCAACGCAUUACAAUCACUUAAUCAUUCACAUGAGAAAAAUCCACAUUGCUUGACGACAACCAUAACCAAGGUCAAAAAUAAAGAACAACAACCAUCAACAGAACAUACAGAUGAUGAUGAAAUUCUAUUAAAAUCAACUCCUAUCAAUGGUAUACUUUCAAUUCAAAGUAUAACAAUGAAUAAUAAUAUUGAAUUACGUCGAUUAACUACAUCAGUUGAAACAAUGCGAACAUCAAUUCUUCAAGCAUAUCUAAAUUUACAUGAACGUUUUACAAAAACAACAGAAUUACAAACAUCAGCAUUAGCUAUACUUUGGAAAAAAUAUGAAACACAAAAUUUAAAUCAUCAACAUGAAACUGAAAAAUUAAUGCAAGAAAAUCGAUUACUCAAUCAACGUAUACAUGAACUUGAAAUUCGUUUAAAUGCUAAUGAAAAAAAAUCAAUGAUUCAAUCAACGAAUUCUAAUUUAUAUCCUCCACUUCGUGUACAUAUAUCAAAACGUAAUACAAAAAGUUUUUUUCUUCAUUGGAUACCUAAUCCAUUAAAUGAACAUCAUAAUAUUCUUGGUUAUCGUAUAUAUAUUGAUGAUAUAUUAAAAGGUGCUAUUGAUGCAGGUCGUUUUGAAACUAUUAUUGAUUAUAUACGUGAUGAAGGUGAAUAUAAAAUAAAACUUCGAACUUAUAAUGAAUAUGAAGAAUCAUCAGAUUCAAAUAUUGUUAUUGCAAGAUUUCGUCGUCAACAUUCAACAAUAUUAAAUACAGAUGCAACAAUAAUAAAUGAUUAUUUUAUAAUUUCACCAAGAGAAUCAAAUGCAACAUCAAUUGUUAGAGAUGAACAACAACAAAACAAUGGUUCAAUAACACCAGAAAAAAAUUCGACAAAAUAUAAUGAAUAUAUUUCACCAUUGAAAAAAAGUCCUCAUCUUACUGUUAAUGAUAAUAAUAUUAGUCAUAAACCACCAAAAUCGCCAACAUCUAGUCCUAAUCGAAUUGAUAAAACAUCACCAAAUAAUAAAUCAUGUAGCAAAGUUUUAUUUACUCAUAAUAAUAAUAAUGAUUCAUCAACAGUUAUUACAACAAAACGUAGUCCUACACGAACUGGUAUUAUGUCUCGUCUUGCGAAAAGUCCACAUAGAAUUAAACGAAAUAAUAUUCUUACAAAUCCUCUACCAAUUGAGAUAAGUAACAAUCAAAUGGAUGCAUCUAAAAUUCAAACAAACACAACAGAACGAAUAAUUACAUUUAAACCUGAUCUAAUUAGUAGUAAUCAUGAACAUAGUUUAGCACAAAAAGUUCCAAUCGGUUCAUCUGACAUAUCAAAUUCGAUAACUGUUAAUCAUUUAUCAACAAACUGUGAUAUAUUAUCAUCAAAUUCACCACCACCACCACCUAUACCUCCACGAAUAGCAAAAACUAUUUUACUUGAUCAAUAA